UCCGUCACACAAGCCUUCACAAUAGACAAACACUGCAAGAAGUUGUCAACAGAUUCGUAAUACGACUUUUGGUUCACAUUCAAAAUGGCGACAAAAGCAGUUGUGGGCCUCGUGUUGCUGGCCAUUGCGGUUGCCCUGGUCGCAAGCAACGGUUUAGGUUACAACCCAAGCCACUACCCCGGGCUUGUCUCCGGCUUUGGUAACAACUUUUUGAACUACCAACCUGCGGCUGGGUACGGCAACUGUAAAUACUGGUGCCGUAGUCCCCACACUCGCAAGUACUACUGCUGCGACAACCUCAAUGCUGGUAUCUACGGAGGUGGAAUUGGUGGUGGACUUGGAGGUUUCGGUGGCGGACAUGGUGGAUUCGGUGGCGGACAUGGUGGAUUAGGUGGCGGACAUGGUGGAUUCGGAGGCGGACAUGGUGGAUUAGGUGGCGGACUCGGCGGUUUCGGAGGCGGACAUGGCGGAUUCGGUGGUGGAUAUAAUGGAUAAAAAUCUAUCACAUAGAAGCAUUCAGUGAAUAUGGAGAAAUUUCAACGGGAUAUCAUGAAAAAAGCGUCUUCCUAUUAGACUUUGCUACAUAAUUUAAAAUUCACAACUAAGAGUUUCUUUUUAACAGAUGGUUGUCAUCAUCGUCAAUUAUUUGUCUAUAUGACAAAUGAUUAUCAUUUAGAUCAAUGAUACGAGAAACACAACGCUAACCAAAGCAUAGAAAUCAAAAUAAUUAACGAUGCCCAAUUUAUGUAUCAUGCACAUUAGUAAAUGAUUGAUAUGAUGACCUAAAUUAAAUGAUAAUAGCCUGCAAAAUUACAAUAAAAGUG